AGAGUCAUAGUAGGACAGGACUUGAUUGUCAUUGCACAAUUUCAACGAAACUACGUUUCCAGCAGAAACCGGUUCAAGAUGAGAAAAACAAACCGUGUACAGGGUUACAGAACAGGAACGCUGAUGGGUCGCCAAAGGCGCCCCCGUAAAAGAUGAGAAAAAGGGAUUUGGAAUGUGUGGAGAUGCGGAGCCGACGGACCGACAACGGGGCAGGGCACGCCGCAGCCCUGCCCAAGAUGGCGGAAAGGAGGCGGAGAAUGCGGUGGAGCGGAGAGGCAAUCGAAUUCCGGUGCGUGGGUCACACACCGGGACCCAAUUAACAUUUCUCCUUACGCUGUAUAAAAGGGGAGAAGGAGGAGGGAUCGAAGCAGGAGUAGGAGAGCCUGCAGGAGCAGAUGAACAGCAAGAGCGAUCAAAAAAGGACAGAGAGCGAACCAUAGAGGAGGACGGCGGAUGAAAGAGCGGACCGUGAGCAGCUGCAAAGCGAUCCGACCUACGCUAAAGCUUGUUUAUUGAAAAACAAACCAGAGUCAAACCUGCUCAAGAGCAAAAUGCCCUUCCUUGAUGGUCCUGGGAACCCACACGACGGCAAGAGACUCUCACAGAAUGAUAGGCAAAAUUCCAGAAAAAAAGUGACGUUCAACUUUGAAUACAGUAACCAUGAUAAAUACUGUACAGUAAGGACAAACAAAAAAACAGAUCAGCAUGCCGUAAAUGCUGCAUCAUCCUUGUUGAACAAUAGAGUUUGGGUUUAAAUAUUAACACGUGUUGUUUUAAAAGUCCUCAUGUGGCCGCAUUUCAACUCAGUCGGCUGUGAAAGCAUGGCUGACUUCGGAGACGUCCUAAGGAACAUCGGGGAGUUCGGAACCUUCCAGAAGCGCAUGGUUUUUGCACUCUGUUUUCCAAAUAUCAUUCUGCCUUUUCAAUUUGCCUGCGUGUUUUUCAUCCAGUCCGACCCGGAGCGACACUGUAACACGGACUGGAUCCUGAAGGCCGACGCUAACCUGACCCGGCAGGAGCAGCUGAACCUGACCGUUCCUCUGGAGCGGGACGGUUCUUUCAGCAGGUGUCGCAUGUUUGUUCCGGUGGACUGGGACGUCGGCACCAUCAGGGAACAGGGACUCAACGAGACCACGGUGUGCCAGAACGGUUGGAUUUACAACAGUGAACUUUACACAGCCACCAUAGUCACUGAUUUUGAUCUGGUAUGUGAUCGGGCUUAUUUACUGCAACUGGCACAAACCGUAAUGAUGACGGGCAUUCUGCUUGGUUGUCUCCUAUUUGGACCUUUUGCUGAAUCGUUUGGUCGCAGACGAGCAGUUCAAAUACCGAUGGUUGCAAACCUCAUUUUUACCGUCACCAGUGCCUUGUGCCCCAACGUCCUGCUUUUUAUGCUCUCCCAGUUUUUGAUGGGCAUUGGCUAUGGGGGUUUUCGGAUGAAUGCAAUUAUAUUAGCCACCGAGUGGAUUGGACCGUCCAAGAGGUCUUGGGGAGCAUGCGUGACCCAACUAUUUGGUGCUUUAGGACAGGCCCUCCUUGCUGGAGUGAUCUUCAUCAUCCGAGACUGGAGACUAGCUCAAUUUAUCACUGCAGCUCCACUGGCAGUCAUUUGUAUUUAUAUAUGGUUCCUUCCAGAGUCCGCCAGGUGGUUGUUGGAGAGAGGGAGGACAGAAGAAGCUAAAGAGUUGCUGUUAAAGGUGGCAGCUGUCAAUAAACGCACCUUCAAAGAGUCUCUCCUGGAAAAGAUUGUCGUGAAAGAGAAAAAGGAGAAAAAGAGUGGCGUUUUAAUACUCGUCCAGUCUUCUGUGCUUAGGAAGUAUUUCUUCACCUUAUUAUAUGCAUGGUUCUCAGUGAAUGUUGCGUACUAUUGCGUUUCAUUCAAUGUGGGGAACCUUGGCUUGGACGUGUUUAUGACCCAGCUCUUGUUUGGUCUGACGGAAACGGUUGCUCAGAUACUUUGCAUGUGGCUGCUGGAAGCACUGGGGAGACGACUAUCCAUCAUCUCCACGCUCCUAACUGGGGCGCUCUUGUCCGCCUUGAUGCUCGCGUUCAUUCCAGGAUAUCCUGUGGCUGUGACUGCACUGGCGACAUCCGGACGUUUAUUGGCCAACUGGGCCGCAUCCGUAUGCAAUGUUUAUGUUCAAGAGUUAUUCCCAACCUCUUGUCGGCAAACAGCCUCUGGUUUAGGCUCCUUUGCCAGCCGGGCUGGUGGUUUGAUCGCCCCUUUGGUCAACAUGCUGGCUACGUACCACUGGUCCAUACCUAUCGUUAUCUUCAGCGGCCUGACGCUGAUCAGCGGGGUUCUCAGCUUCGUGCUUCCUGAGACUCGAGGGAUUGAACUACCAGAUUCGACCGACGAUGCUGAGAACAACAGGAAUAAGAAGAUGACCAAGAAAGAGUGUGAAUCAAAUGUCCACAUCAAAUCCAGUAAACUGUAGCCUUUUCUAUACUACGAACAAGAUGCACACUAAAAAAUGUUGGGUCGAAAAAAUAACCCGAUUUUAACCCAACUGCAGCCCAAAGGACAAACCCAUUAUUUGAGUUAUUUUAACUCAACAUUUUGGGUUAAUUCUUUCAACCCAACUUUUGCCUUGAAUUAUUUAACCCAAAAGUGGAGGUUUGCUAACUCAAUGUUGGUUGAUUCAUAACCCAACUAUUGGGUUGAAGUUAUUUAACACAAACGAUGAGGUAUGCUCACUACGAUGUUGGGUUAUUCCCAACCCAACUAUUGGGUUGCGCAAUUUAGCGCUCCUUGACCCAAUAGUUGGUUAAAAAUUAUAUAUAUAUUUUUUCUGGUUUAACGUAGUCCUUCCCCAUUACUGAUGAAAAUGUUUUUAUUCCAUUAAAAAAUACUCAAAAGCAAGAUAUGAGUGACAUUUUAACUUUUAAUGUACAGAAUUACAAAACCCAAAACCAGUAAAGUUGUGUAGAAUGUAAAUAAAAACAGAAUACAAUGAUUUGCAAAUCCUGCACGUAACAUUGAAUGCCCGUGACCUUCGAUCUCUCAGGCAGUAAUGCAUCAAAAACUAUUUAUCAACAACACCCGGAAAUGCCGCCGGCUUUGCUGGGCCCGAGCAUCAUCCAAGAUGGACUGAUGCAAAGUGGAAAAGUGUUCUGUGGUCUGGGGAGUCCAUAUUUCAAAUUGUUUUUGGAAACUGUGGACGUCCCAAAGAGGAAAAGAACCAUCCGGACUGUUCUAGGCACAAAGUUGAAAAGCCAGUAUCUGUGAUGGUAUGGGGGUGCAUUAGUGCCCAAGGCAUGGGUAACUUACACAUCUGUGCAGGCAGGUUUUUGAACCACACAUGUUGAGGUUGAAUGUUUUAUUAUUAAUGUGCAUGUACUGAGGUCUAAGGGUUGGAGUCUAGAGGCCAGUCUUGGCCUGCCAUCCGCAGACUGUUAUGGACUCUGUAUGAUAUCUGCUGUAUAAAGGUAAUAAACUUUCGAAGUUU